AACUUUCGAUAAUAUUUUCAAAAUUCGCGGUUACAUAAACCUUCAGACUAAACAGUGGUCUGAUACUAAAUGAGUCACCUUCAUGGUGAUCAAUGAUUUUUUUGUUGUCUUGAGUUUCCACUACUGUAAAUAUUUUCUUUGGUCACCUAAGGGAGUUUGGUGAAGUCUAAAUUAAAUAAGGCGUCGGUUGUAUAACUCUCUGACCCAUCCUGAUGUAGAAUUUACGCAAGGAAAUUCGAAACAAUUCAAAGCCGCUGAAUGCAGCACGCCGGGAAACGGUAAGAGUUCGCUGGCGCCUUGAAUGGCAUUUCUAAGCUUCCUUCAACUACGCAGCCUCUUUCGGCUACCUGGAGUUUCACGAAGAGGACCCAAUCUACAAAAUAUAGUACCCAACCAACCACCAUCAAAUUCCAACAAAAAGAAACAAAACGAACAAAAAGACCCCAAGAUGUCAAAACAGAUCCCACCAAGAAGACGAGUGGUAGUGGAUUCAGACGAGGAAAUGGGACCGAAGUCGGCAAGCAAUGGAGACAGCCAAGCAGUCCGCAAACUAUUUCGUUUCUUUUCACGGAAGCAUAAUCCACAUACGGCUCUUCUCGUUCGUUACGCCAUCUGCUUUUUUCUCGGUGGACUUGUUGGACUUAUUCCUUACUUAGUUUUUGUUAUUGAGCUCUGUAAAGCUAACUUAGAAAUGAGAAAUCCCCAUCUUCCUUCACUUAAUGGAUAUUCCAAACAAAAAGAUGUACCAAAAAGUGACGCUCUCACCUCUUACAAUAAAAUUACCAGUGUACCUGUUAUCAACACAGCUUACGUCGAUGUAAACCUCACCAAAGUAAGAAGUAACUCAACUGCUAUCACGACACCCCGACCCACAAGAGUGGUGACGACAGAGAAAAAGGCGGAAGGGACAGGUAAUGACGACAUCUCUCUCCAGUGUCUCGGAACCAUAACGGUCAUUCGCGUCCGAGCGUUCGGGAUCCCUGGGGAUACUUCCACCGUGGACGAUUUCAACAAGCACUGCCAAGCGAAUCUUGGACAAGUGGAUGGGACAAAUGUAUGCAUUGUGAGCCUCAAACGGGUGUAUAAAUCCAGUUAUCCACCUUUUAUAAAGACUUUGGUCACUUACACUUGUUCUUAUAUAGAGGACAUCACUUAGCGGUGGUCGAGGGGGAAUAGGGUAGAGGCUUCAAAUAUGACCAUAUGAUUCUCACGUGAUGAGGAGCACUCCACAUAGGAUUCUAAAUAGCCUCCCCCGUAACUUCUAAGAGAACAGUAGAAAUAGAAAACAUGCGUGAGAAUGGUAUUUUUUGUACGCAAACGCAAACUGAUAGAUUCCUCCUGGCUUUUGGUUGUCUAGAUGGCGGAGCCCACAAACAGGAAAAGAUUAUAAAAAUUAUUUUAAUAUAUAGAUGGACGUAAAUCCGCUGGGACGCAGUGGCUAUGAUUUAUUUUCUGAUUGAUGGUAUCAAAAAAAUACAAAAAAAGUUGUAAAAAGGAAACGUAGAUAUUAGAUCUAGAUACUGACGGUGGAUUUUAAAUGAAAACAAAAGUAAUGUAUUAUGAAAAUACCGACGUAAGUUAAAAUACGAGGUUAUUUACCCGUGAAUUGCUCAAGAGUUGAGAAGCAGGGGAAUGGCAUACCAAUUAUGUUACCGUCAGAUUUUGCUAUAUUCCGAUAGGCAUUUUUUCUAUGUUCCGAUAAUUACUUGCAUCGACAAAAAAACAAUUUUACGUUCCCUUGAUCAUGAUAGCUUUCUUUUUUCAACAAGGCUAAGGUAUACCUAACUAGAAGCUGCUUGAGGAUUUGAUUUACUGUUACUGGCCACACGUUAUUUAAUUAAGCAUGAUUGAAGUAAGUAAAACUGCUUUGGUUGCCAGGGGCGUAGCCAGCUUACACACCCGUGAGCCUGGGCCUAGGCCUACGCCUUUUUUUUCGCUCGCUCGAUUUUUGUCAUUUGAUUCUUGCAAAUGUUGAAACAAAAAAUUGAAAUUUCUCAGGAAGCACGCCUACAACAAGUCGAAAAGCUGACUACACCGCUGGUCGCUCAUCUGAUGAGAAGACACCUAUCAUGCUUUAUGAUCAUAUUUCUGAUGUCGCAUUGAGUGACACUGACGCCCAUGUUAGGUGAAAUGUUUUAAUAUUCAACUAGUCUACCUGAUAAGUCGAUGAAUCUCAUCAUACGACUUAAUAAAGUAGUACAUGCAAUAUCAAACUUA